AUGGGAAAGGCAGGGCACACGGCUGCAUUAUGCCCUGGGAAGGUGUCGGUGUGUCAUAAAUGCUACCAACCGGGUCACAAGAAAUCGGAAUGUCCGGAGCUAGUCGAGAAAAAGGAUGGCAAGGAUUCACAUACAGAGACUCCAAAAGCAAAAGCCAGAUCCUUCCAGUUAACCGCAGCCAAGGCAAAGGUGGAACCCGAUGUGGUCUCAGGUGCGAAUAAAUACUUUAUUUCACAUGGAUUUAUUCGACAUCCUUCGUUCGAACUGACAAAAAUACCUAUGCCUUUAGAAGUAGAAAUAGGUGACAACAAAAGUUUUGUCGUAUGUGACGUGUGUCAAAAUUGUAAGAUGAGUAUCGACGGUGAAGAAUACUCAAUAGAUUUGAUUCCAAUGUCGAUGGGAGAAUUCCAAGUAGUGGUUGGGAUGGAUUAG